CAUUCCUGUCUAGUACAAUAUAAUCAGAUCCUCUCAGAGUCAAGCCCCUUUCCUUACUGAAGGCAGCCUGGAAUUGCUCUGCUUGUGUGUGUGAAACAGAGAGACAGACGGAUUGUGAUUUUCCUGUGCAGUGCUGCUGUCUCCAUUCUGAGCCCAGGAGGGGAUAGAGAGCUCUGGGCACUAGAGUGGAGUUUGCCAUUUGCUGUGGGUUUUCUUGCCUUUUUGGCAUUUCAACGCGGGCUUGGAGUCUUUGGGAGAAGAUGCUUUGGAGGGACUGGAUCCUUCUCGUCCCAGGCUGAGCUUCCCCCCAUUACUUUUCUCUAUUGGGUUUUGGUUUUGGCUGGGGGGUUCUGCUGCCUUUGCAGCCCAGCUCUUGCCUUUCACGCUAUUGAACUGGAAUGAACUGGGACUCCUCUGAUUUUUUUAUUUGUUUUCUUCCUAGAAAGUUUUUUUUUCGUCUCCUCCCUUCCCUACCCCCCAGUUGAUUGUGAAAUUCCGUUUGGAUGGGCUUGAACCUUCUCUGACUGAGGUGCUCACCCAGGCUUUCAGCUGCUUGUUAUUAUUCAUAAUUCUUUUUGUUCCUUUCCUACCUGUUGGCUGGUGGUGGAGGAAGUUUCUGCACUUCUGGGUUUGUGAGGAUUUUGCCCUUCUCAGUCCCUCUGGAUUCCCUGCACUCCAGGAUGCUGUUGCUGCUGGGGAUGAGGAUGUUAUAAACUUCUAGAGGGGACAGAUAUUUUUUCUCCCCCUCGAUUUCCCUAUUUGGAGAGGAUACAGAUCUGAGGUGUUGAGCUCAGCUUGCUCCUUGGUCCCCCCCCCCCCCUUCUCUGUGGCGAUUGAGGGAAGAUCCCAGUUCUUUUUAGUAGCUGUUUUGCUGGGGCAAUCUGAAAUUUCUGUCCUCGGAGAGUGAUCUGUAUCAAUCUGCUGGCUUCCCUCAGAGCUCCUAGCCAAGGACCUUAUGGGAUUUUCCUUUAAUCUACUUCAUGUUCUAGGGUUUCGGUGGAGCUGGCCAUGAUGUUCCGGUUCCUGGUGGCUGCCCUCUUCCCGGCUGUGAUCCUGGCUGCGCCACCGCCCAUUAACAAACUGGCCCUUUUCCCGGACAAGAGUGCGUGGUGCGAGGCGAAGAACAUCACCCAGAUUGUGGGGCACAGCGGCUGCGAGUCUAAGUCCAUCCAGAACAGGGCCUGCUUGGGACAGUGCUUCAGCUACAGUGUCCCCAACACCUUCCCUCAGUCUACAGAGUCCCUGGUGCACUGUGACUCCUGCAUGCCCGCCCAGUCCAUGUGGGAAAUCGUGACACUGGAUUGCCCGGGCAACGCCGAGAUCCCCCGAGUCGACAAGCUGGUGGAGAAGAUCCUCCGCUGCAGCUGCCAGGCCUGCGGGAAGGAGCCGAGCCACGAGGGAGCGCUGUUCAACGUCUACCUGAACGCAGAGGAGAACCUGCCCGCCGAGGGCCCCAACCCCCAUCACUACGUGCACCACCAGCAGGAGGCAGAAGAAACUCCCAUCUCCAACCGCCACCGCGAGGAGGAGGGGGGCGAGGAGUGACCCACGCCCUCCAGGACUGUCCUUCCAGCCUGCAGUGCGGACAGGGGGUGGUGCACAGGGGAGGGGGUGGGGCUGCGGGGUGAUUACCUGUCUACUAACUACCCAUCAUGCUUUGCUCUUAGCGGCGCUGUGGGGUGGGCAAGAACGUCCGAGGCGCAGACGGGGCUUGGGCUGAGACGUGGGGAUGAGAGCGCGGGGGGAUCUGAGCAAACCUACUUGCACAUCAUAGUGAUAAUAUAUUGUCGGGGGUGGGAGGUCAGGGGCAGCAGCCGGAAGGGGCAGGACGGGACCCUUCGGGGACUGAGGGUGGCACAGGCUGGCUCUGCAGGGUUUGGAACCGGGCUUCU